CUUAGCCUGAACUUUGAUGAAUAAUUUAUUUGUAUUCUCUUGGGCUUGUUUCCCCUGUAGAUGUGUGCAUGGUACCUGCUUGCCGAUCAAUGCGUUUUCAUACAGUUGUAAAUGCCUGCAGGGACAUGGGGGAGUCCUCUGCGAUGAAGAGGAAAUGCUGUUUAACCCCUGCCAGUCCGUCAGGUGUAAACAUGGCAAAUGCAGGCUUUCAGGACUUGGGAAACCAUAUUGCGAAUGCAGCAGCGGAUACACGGGGGACAACUGCGAUAAAGCCAAAUCCAAUGAUUCUGCUCCUAGUUUUAUCACAAACUCUACUUUUGACCUCUCAGCUUCAACUGAUUUAUCACAGCGAAUUAUGCAGAAAUCUCUUGUCGAGGGGAACGAAUCCGAGAUUACUACCAAAAGCAGCAAGGGUAUGCUGCGUGCCAGACGACCAAGAAGGUAUCCAGACUAGAAUGUAAAGGAGGCUGUUCAAGUGGGCAGUGCUGCGGGCCGCUGAGGAGCAAGAGACGGAAAUACUCUUUCGAAUGCACUGACGGGUCGUCGUUUGUGGACGAGGUUGAAAAAGUGGUGAAGUGUGGCUGUACAAAUUGUCCCUCCUAAAAGUGUCCCUGUCACACUUGUCUUUUGAAAAUGUUGUAUACUUAUUGACCGUGUCGGACUAAUUAAAGCUUCAUAGUGGAAAUAUUUGAAAUAUAUUGUAAAAUACAGAACAGACUUAUUUUUAUUAUGAGAAUAAAGACUUUUUUUCUUCAUUUGAAAAAAAAAAAAAAGAUUCAAGUGCUUGAACUGAGACUUCUCGUAACCAAGAGGAGCUUUGAAGAAAAAAAAAAAAAAAAAAAAGUAACAUUGCAACAGAGAUGGGAAACUUUAACUGCUUUUAACAUGGAUUCUUCUUUAUAACAUGCUGAAGAUACACUGACACUAUACACACGUGACUUUCAACUUAACAGCUCAGAGAUGAAAUACUGACCAGAACAUGAGGCUUGUUUUUUCACUUUCGUAUAUUUUAUUGUCUUGACAGACCAUACAAAUCACUUACCUAUGGAUGAGGAAGCGUUAUGAGUGAAAACAAUCAGAUUACACAGGAGUAACAAUUGUAUGAAAUACACUUUAUCUUUUGGAAUUAUUAAGCAUCUUGAGAAGAUGGGGUCCCAUUUAAUGAAUGGGUAACGGGAGAUAAGAGAAUAUACUAUAAUCCUGAAAUCUCCUGAUGAUGUAUACUUUUAUGUCAGCAUGUUAGCAAAAGAAGCAUAAAAAAGUGUUUAUCUGCCCUUUUCCAGUAUUAAUUUUUUGUAAUAUAAAUGUUUGGGGGGAUGAUAAAAAUAGAUUAUUGAUGGAUAAAUUAGUAAUAAUAUGGAUUUCUGUUUCUAUGAGUUCUAAACAACUCUAUACAGUAUUUGGUUUCAUUGAGAAAUAUUUAUUGUAUCAAAGUACAUUGUACUUAACCCUUUUAGGCCAUCCCUUUUACUGUUUUUCAAUGCUUUAAUAUAUAUUAAUUUAUAUUUGUCCCAGUAUUUUUGUAAUUUUUUUUAUUUUUUUUUUAAAAGGACUUAAAAAUCAGGAUUUUUUGCAAUAGAACUAACGUAGCAUGUCGUCUUGGGGUAAAUGUUUUCGGUCUGGUUUUUCCUCCCCUUCCCCUUCCUUUUUUCUUUUCCUUAGAACCUGACCACUCGGUGUCACUGAAUCUGGAAGUGAUGACAAUCUGCAGUUUUCACAUACAGCAGAUAUUCAGGACACCUUCCAAGAACCUGUAAUGUAUGACAGAAAAUGUCUUUACAGUAGGUGGCAAUUGUAGACAAGUUAAUUUUUCCCUAUAUACAGUACUUACAGAAAAUAAGAUGGCGUGUAGAAAAUGACAUUAGAAGGUAGAUCUUUAUAAAUUAAUAUUCCCAUGGAGCUCUUUACCUUUUUUUAUAAAAAAGAACAAAAAAAGGCUGUGCUAUCAAGAACUGUGACUUUCCCCAAAUAAUAAAACUACUUUACUGCCCUAAUGUUCCCCAUGUUAACAUGUUGCUGCUAAAUUAUAAUGUAGAAUUGGUAAUCAAUAGUGGGUUGUGUUCUUCUUUCAGUAAAACCCAGGGUACCCUGUAAAAAUGCAGAUGUUUUUCAAUUUUAUUUUAUUAUUUUUUUUACAAAAAAAGUUAGAUGUACAUGUGUAAUGCAGUGUGCUUUGUCUUAUUUGGACUGAUAUCAGUAAUGCUACUGAUGUUUGUAAAUUAAACAGAUAUUUACUUCA